GAAGCAGCCAGGCCACGCCCCGCCCCUCACGCGGAGGGGGCGGGGCCUCGCCGCCUAUAUAUAUAGCCCUGCGGCGGAAUCGGGGCUUCAGAACUGUCCAAAGGAGGGAAGUGCGCUGUUGACUAGAAGGAGCAGCAGCAAGAGGAACUGUGCGGGAGCUGGAAACAUGCCUCUGUCUGAGAGUAAUAUCCAACGACCUUCCUGCAGCAGGAAAAUCUGUAGAAACCUCUUUGGAGCUGUGGACCAUGAACAGCUACAGAAAGACUUCCAGACCUUGCUGAGGGCCCAGCUGGAGGAGGCACAGCAAAAGUGGAACUUUGACUUUGAAACAGAAACGCCACUUGAAGGCAACUACAAAUGGGAGAAGGUCUCCCACCUACACACACUUCCAUCUCAAGACCUGAAGAGCCACACAAAGGAGAACACAUGCACUGGGGAGAAGAGCAUGAACUCUCCUGUGGCCCUCAAGAAACCUGCAAAGACCGACAGUCUGGCACAGAUUGGCUUUGAGGCUUGCACUGCUGGCUCUUCAAGAACUUCGAAGCGAAAGCAGACGUCCAUAAAAGACUUCUACAGCUCUAAGAGGAGAACGAUCCCAUAUAAGUCAAGCCCAUGAAGACUACACUGCAAGCAAAAUGUUUCUCUGCAGUCUCCUGGCUGAAAGUCUUCACUGCUGUUUGCUGGCAUGAGACUAUUUGGACACAAUACCCAGUGACGUCACCAAGAUGGCUAUUUGAAGGAGCAGCUAAGCAAGUUCACAGUCCUGCUCUGAAGACUCUUAGAGUUCAUAAACUAUAUAGCGGACUAGUAUAACACUUCAGAAGGAUGUAGAAUUCUUUUUUUUUUACAGCACUGGAUAUUUAUGUGCAAUGGAACAUUGUAAGACCUCAUGUUAAAACAGACUUUAUACGUUUCUGGGGAGAGCAACUGCAAGGGGAUCUGGUGUGAGGGGGUGCAAGUCAUAAUAUCAAGGCAGAUUCUGCUUGUGAGUGAGACUCUGCCUCAUAUUACAGCCACUUGCUAGUUUUCAUAUACCUGCCUUCAGGUAAAAUAUUGCACGUGGUAUGAGCCAUUUUGCAAGACCUAACAUCCAGACAAUACUUUUCCAGCUCUGUGAUCAUAUUGGUUGACAUACUGUUUAGUUAAGCAAACAAGUCUGAGAGUGGAAAAGAACUGAAUUAUAUUGUUCUAUAGGAUGUUAAUUAUUUUUCUAAAGAUGAAGCCCUUGCUAUUAUUGUGAGUAGUAAAUACUUACUUGGUCAUAUUAUCAUAUAUGAAUACCUUUUGAUAGGAUCAGGAUUCACUUGAACCUGAUAAUGUAGAGUAUGCAAUUGCUUAGGCAGCUCCUCGCACGGGCAGCUUAAAUUUAAUUUUGUUAUGCAACUAUUCUCAUGGACAGUUCAAAUUUAAUUUUGGUAAAACUGCCCAAAAAUACUGUUAAGCCAAAGUUCAUGUAGAGGAACUUUCCUGAAGGGGAAAGUGAAUCUGUGGGCACUACUAACUGAUUUUAUUGGCUCCUAUCAACACUCUGCUUUGAGUGUGUCGAUAUAAACACUCUUUGAUUCUUUUGACAUUCUUAACCUUUUGCAUGUAACAGAGUAACUUGAUAAGCAAAUGAAAAAACUUCAAGGUUUGCUUUACAUGUGUGCCAGCAGAGAUUGAUAUUGCAUACCCUUUGACUUUAUUUUCUUUAAUUUCUGUGGUGUGGAGCAGUGAUGGCUGAACAUGAGUCAAAGCUUAUAAUUCAUAAUUUCUGUGGCUACCUGUGUCCUUGCUAGCAAUCCUCAAAGGAUGGUACAUUUUCAAACUGGCAAUUACACUACUUAAAGCUGCAGUUUAAUUACUUCAUGUUGAGAUAAUCCAGAGGAUUUCCAUUUAAAAUGGAGAGGUGUGCAUCUGCCACACUUUUGCUGACAGAAUCUUUUUGUCAAAUCUUCUUGCCAUCUUACUAAUAUGAGGUGCAACAUUGGGAUACUAGAAUCUGAAAUGCUGGUUUCAUAAAUUAAAAUCCCAGCUUUAAAAUGGUAAGAUGAGAUCCAGAUCAUUUUGUCUACUAUUCAGAUCAUUGUAAAGGGGGUUUCCCUGUUGCGAUACUAGAGAUAGUUUUCCGCUUUCCUAAUUUUGUAAGCCCAAAUCAUUAGAAGGAUGGGAAAAGUCUAGAAAUACACACGAUUUCACAGCAUCUGUACUGUAGCAGGGAGGAGUGGGUGAGAGUCUUACAGUCUUGCGGAAAGAUUCUGUUAGUGGUACAGCCUUUUUACAUAUACAGUUCUACCUGUGACUGUGGACGGAAAUAUAUGUGUGUGCUUCAUGAGACCUUCACUUUCAUGUUCCUACAUAAAAAGGGAGAGAGAUAAAUAAGUAGCAAGACCUGUUGGGUCACAAGCCUAAGAAAAGGGAGAGGACCGGGGAAUGGCAAUGCAGAAGAGUUCACUGUUAUAGACGUACUACAUUUGAAUACCUAAAAUACAAAUAACCUAGAUAAUCAGAUGAGCCACAAAACCUCAGUUGUGGAGACCAAGUUGGUAUAGUCUCUACAAGGAUGGCUUUAUGAGUGUACUUGCCAGACUGAGAAGGCCAUGUUUGGAGGGGGGGGGGAGCAGGUUGAUUCAUCCUGUUAGUAGCACAGAUUUAGGCACUUUAUUAAUAUAUGCCUUUGGUCUGCUGAUCCUUUCUUUUUGUUGUUAGAGCAGCCAUGGGCUGGGCCUGGCCACUUUACCCAUUGCACUUUUACAUUCAGGGUAACGCUAGGACACUCUCAGCACUAAUCCAUUUUUUGUGUGAAUAUGAUGCUGCUGAACUGACAGAUUAAGCUUUGGGCUUAAAAUAAAGCCACUUAAUAAUGGA